GAAAUACUUUCUGCGACGCGGCAGCUUUCCUCAUUGACUGUCGACAGCGCAAUUGAAAACAGCUAACGUUAGCUGAUUAGCUAGCAAAAUUCAAUUUCGGAUUCAAAAUUGACUGUUAAAAUGUCGUUCAUGGAGGAUGAAUCGUCAGAGAGUGGGAGGGCAGGUCGAACAAGAAUGGAAAGCUAUUUUUUCAGCUGCGAGUUGUCCUCGCAAGUCCCGUUCUACACCUUUCAAGGAGACGAAGAUGAAGAUGUAGAACAUUAUUUGGAUAUCCGGACGGUCUGUCUGGGAACUGGCGCUAAGGAAGAGAGCAAUGUUGUGGAGGUGACAGCCCUGAAUCACCGGGGGAAGAAGGUUUCUGUACCGGUGGCCAACCUUCACGUUUCCUGCCUGCCCAUGGUGAGCAUGGGAGAGUUUGAGGUGAAGGCCCCUGUGACUUUCAGGCUCAAGUCUGGAACGGGACCCGUCUGUGUGAGCGGAUUUCAUCUUGUCGCCUUUGAGGAUGAUACAGACUCUGAGGUAUCGGAGGAUUUGGAAGAGAUUGAUGAUGACAUCAUCCCCAUCAAGCCAGCAAAGAAGAAGCAGAAACUCUGACUGAUGUCUCUGAGUUCAAGCCACACCAAGGAAUGUGGAGGGUCUUCAGUGAAGGAGAAAUUGAGUUUUUCCACAGUUGGAGCCAAGUACCUCUAAAGUGGUUUACAUUUUUAAAUUUUUUAGCAUUUUAACACAUUUUACAAUUUGGAGUACAAAGUCCAUCUUCAGCCACAGUUAAGAGAAAAAAUAAAUACAUUUUAUAGAUUGAACAAGAGGGUAACUGUUCUGCUCUCUGAUAGCAAUGGACAGUCCAUUUUGUUGUUACCGUGCAACUUCAACUGUGUGUGUAUGUACAUAUUGUGUGCUUUGCAUGCCUUUUUCUUUUUAACUGUGACAAACAGACAAAGGAAAGCAUGUGCAUUGUCGAGCUCCUUUGUGGUUACAGCACCGAUGUAAGGGAUUGGUGGAUGGGGGGCUGGUUUGGGUCUUUAACAUUAGCCAACUGGAGAUUCAUCAACCAAUCUUGUAUAUUUAUAUACAUUAUGUGAAUAAAAUUUUGUGCCAUUUUCAAAAA